UACAGCCUGUAAUACUUGAUCAUAUUCUUUGAACUUUGGUUGUGGCAGAUAGACAAUAACGGAACGUUACGUAGACCACACGCCAUACCAGUUGGUGGCGGUAAUGCACCAAUUCCUUGUUUGACAGCCGCCAAUUAACGUCACAAGAAGACGAAAGUUACGUAACGGAAGUUGGAAUCACAUCCGUUCGAAAGAAAUCAUGGCUGAUCGAACGCAACUACGUACUGCUUGCUUUUUAUAAAUUUACUUUUAAAGUCAUUACAUCUUGCGUUUGAAGGUUGCCUGCGUGUAGCGACCGCGAACAGCAUUCAUAUCAGAUAUGUAGACAUAAUCGCGCAUGUUUUCUCAAAAUAGCGGAUAAUUUCUAAUUGUUUCCCUCUAUUUUAAAUUGUAUCAAUAAAGAGAAUGGUAAACAUACAGGAAAUACAUGAGUAGGAAUUGCUAGGGGAUCAGAACACCGACAGAAAUAAUAGAUCAGCUCACAAAAACGUUGUACACAGUACAAUGCAAGGCUUUUAUCGCUUUUUUUUUUUUUUUUUUUUUUUUUUUUUUUUUAGAUUAUAGGAUAGAUGCUCUGUGUUGUUUUAUUUCGUUCUCAAAAUUUGAAAAGGGUUGUUUAUGAUUGGAAACUCAAAUUUAUGAACACGAUAUUUUGCAAGUAUUCAAAUCAAAUUGCUGAUAUUUGCUUUGGUAGAGGGGCGAGUAAAACAAAACCAAAUAAUACAUUAUCAUAAGAAAGGUAAACUUAAAAAACAGUGUAUUUGGAAAUAAAUGUACAGACAUCUUGCGAAAAAAUACAAGAUGAUAUACAAACAGAUGAUAUAAAUAGAAUCUGGCGGAUAAUUUUUUACGGUUGCUCCUCGCCCCUCCCACAGUCAGUGACGUCAUACGUCACAACUUUUGGUCCAGGAAUUCUAUGGAGCAGUGCACCGGCACCGGACUGUUUUCGGUGGAAAUGCGUGGAACCGGUUGUAGAGAGGGCACCGGUACCGCGUCGGUGGAAGACGGCUGUCGGUGAACGGUGUCUGGAACCGGAUACCUUCCUUUUUUCGGACUUUUUCCACGUUCUUGUUUGCUUUACGUUGUUGUAUUACCACGUGGACCAAAGACAACAUUGGUUCUCCGAACCUUUUGCCAUGGCUUUUUGAGAACCAUCGCCUUAAACUGUACUAGAGAAAGCUGACAACGAUGGAUUUCGGAGUACAAACUGAAAUAAAGCAAGAGCCUGAGGAUCAGCAACGCUUCCAUGAACAGCUUCAGGAAAAGUCUUCAGUGGAGCCAAAACGAUACCAGGAGCAACGAAGACCCAAGAAGAAGUACGACUGUCCGACCUGUGGAAGAGUUUUCGCUCACAACCACCAUCUGCAGCGACACCUUGUGAUCCACUCAGGAAAAAGACCGUUUAAGUGCUUCAUAUGUGGACGAGGAUUCACCCAGAGCGGAAACCUCAAAACACACAUGAAAGUUCACAAAGGAGAGCUGCCAAAUUGGACGUUAGUUAAAGAGACGACUCCUCCUAAGGAAUCUUCUGUUGCAGUUCAUGUAUGUGGGGAUUGUGGAAUGGACUUCCCUCAGAAACAACAGCUGGAAGAACACAGAGAGACUCACAAAAAGCCUUACGAGUGUCCUGACUGUGCCAAGACUUUCAAAAACGAAUAUUAUUUUAAAUUACAUAAGCGCAUUCACACUGGAGAUUCACUUUUCCACUGUUCAGAGUGUGGAAAGAGCUUCGUCACCGCAGAAUCACUUAAAAAACACCAGUUGAGACACACUGGAGAGAAGAACUUUCACUGUGAUCAGUGUGGGAGGUCGUUUUCACAAUCCUCCCACCUCGACGGGCACCUUAAGACUCACACAGGAGAGCGGCCUCAUCUCUGCUCUAUCUGUGGUAAAAGCUACUCCAGAGCAUAUACUCUGAAAGUUCACAUGAGAGUUCACACUGGAGAGAAACCGUAUACUUGUGAGAAAUGUGGCAAGUGCUUCUAUUACUCUCAAGGUUAUCAAGCACAUCUGACCGUUCACAACAAGAAGCCAAAACUACCAACAAAACCUCUGGGGAGACCAAAACAGCAGCUGUUAGUGGUAAAUAAACAUUAAUGUGAUCUGGGAAAUUUAUAGUAAUCUGAACAGACAUACAAACUAACUACAUUUACUACACUUUACCCAUUUAUUACUAUGUGAAGUUAAAUAAAUAUCUUUCAAAUAACUGCAGUGAUUGGCCAAGGAAUAUUGUAAUAGUCAUGUGAUAGUACGGCAUACAGAAUUAUUACAGUCUGUUCUAAUGUUACUUGUAUUGGACCAUAGCAUUGAAGAAAAUAAAUCAUAAUAUUGUGAGUCAUUGUUAA